UGUUGUUUGUUGCCUGCUUGAUGUCUCUGGAUAAAAUAAACCACCCUAAAACCUUCAAUCAUCAUCUGGACAAUGGACUUAUUAAUAUAUCCUGCGUAAGAUUCACCCUCUAGCUGCCUCAGUGGCUUUAUUAUGAGUUUGUGUUAAGUUUAUAAUUUGUUUGGAGUUUUUGUUAUUUAUAGACUAUAGAUAUCACCACUACAGUGCUAUUUCACCGGAAUGUGCGUGUUGGUGCGGACGUGGCCCGGCGGAAACCCGGCAGAGGGGAAUAGAAGACAUCCUGCGCAUGCGCAAACUCACUGACAACACAGCGGCUCUGAUGAUCGUCAACGUGGACCCCGUCAUUGACCAAAACACACCGGUCUCCGUGGCAGCCAGGGUGCGCACUGCAGACCGUGAGGAGCGAGCGGGGCGGUGCGGGGCGGUGCUGCUCUUCAGAUAUGAACCUGUAAACACAAAUCCGUUCUGUCCACACAUCAACUAUGCAGACAGGUGUGCUCAUGGAGUGUCACCUGGGCAGGUUGCUCCCGUGUUUCCUGUUUCUGUUCCUGCUAAUACAGCUGUGCCCUGCUGCACCAGGUUUUCCUGCCACACAAGGGGAGGAAUCAGUAGAAGGCCACGCUGCAGCAGCCAGUAUAGCCAAUCCUUUCGGCUCAGGAGAGGAGGACCUCAGGUUGCUUCAGAGUUUUAUUGAAUCCAGUCUGGCGAAUGGCCAAGGAGGACCCGAAAUCAGCACACAUGAGCAAGAGGUGUUCUACCUGUUUGGUCUUUAUGACUAUGAACACACUGGGUUUCUGGAUGGUUUGGAGUUGAUGAAGCUUGUCUCAGAAUAUAACCACUAUCAUACACCUGGAGUACGGGCUGAUGAGCAGGUGGUGUCUUUAGUAGAUUUUUUACUCCAGACUCAGGAUCUAAACCAGGAUGGCCUUUUAAGCCCAUCAGAGCUGCUUUCUCCCUCGUUACCUCACUCACAGGACUCCAUCAACCACAGUGCACCUCACCAGGAGCAGGAGUUGACAGUGGAGGAGAAGCUGUCAAACCCCAGUACUGAUGAGGCAGCAGAGCAGAGAGAGGAGGCUCAUGAGGUAAUGCAGCUUCAAGAUGAGGAGCACCUACGACAGGAAGUUAAGCCAAAAGAACUCAUAAAUCUAGAAGAUGAACAGUAUGGACAACAAAUCCCAGAAGCCCCAGCAGCAGAACAGGGGCAGGACCACAAAGUCCCUGUUCAUCAGGGGCAACCAGAGAUGUGAAUGCACUCACACACCCGAAUGCAUACAUACACACACACACACACAGACACACAGACAGGCUGCUCUCUAGUGAAGUCAUCAGAAGACUUAAGAUAGUUAACGUAACACUCCCAACUGAGAUGUCUUCUUCAUCAACAUCCUAAAAAAUGGUCUCUCUUGAUAUGAAUUCAGUAUCAUCGAUUUAAUUCUCCUUUUAAACAUUAGGUGAAUGAUAAUUGAAGAGAGAAAUCUGUUAAAAGUAUUCUUGUCACUGAAUAGAAAAACAAAAUCUCAAGAAGCUUGCAUGAAUUACUUUUGUUUUUAAAAACCCAUAUUGAUUUUAAUAGUACCUCAGAAGCCAUCCUAUAUAGGUACGUUUUUCCAAAAGAUUUAAACACUUCAUCUUCCAAUUUAAAUGAGUUUAAAUAAAUUAUAAAAUCUAUUUUGUUUUGAAUAUUUGGCUACAUUGAUUGUAUUUAUUCAACCCUUUCUGUUGAACCUGAAGAAAUGCACAUUUAAUGUAUUUGUGUUGUUCUAUGUAGUGACUGUUGUUUCAUGUACAAACUGAAUGGCCUUAAUGUGUCUCGCCACUCUAGGCUUAGGUCUUGAAUCUCUUAGCUGCUUUACUUUUGUCUUCCUGGAGAAUUUUCUCAACCUGCACUAUGGCUAAAAUUGUCUUCCAAGUUAAAUCAUAUAAAAAACCCUAACCCUAAAAAACACACACAUUGUUGUAAUGGUAAAAGUAUGCACCUUUCAUUAAGUAUUGUACUUUGAUGAUGAUUUUAAUGUGCCUCAAUGGGUCGGGAUUACAGAACAGUGCUAUAAUGAGUGUGUUACAGAGCCUACCCUCGACAGUCUUUGGGCUACAGGCCUAACAGUUCUUCAUAAUUUAAAUCAGGAGGCUCUGUUUAAAUGACAUUGGAUUCAGUCUUUAUCUCUAAACUUGAAAAUAGUUUUGUUGUUAAUGCCCUUUUUUUAAUCAUUUAUGCAUUUUUACAGCUUUUAAAAAUUAAGCAAUUUCUGUAUCUCGUUCCUCCAUGUGUUCUGUUUCUAAUAAACAAAGUCAAAGAAAUUAAUAAACAUUUAUACAAA